GAAACAGUCAGGUGGAAUACCGGAAAUUCCUUUUGUUUUCUAUCGGAUAUUUGUUCUUCGGUCUCAUUUUAGAACUCCUAAUAAACUGUUUACUAAAGUUUCUCAAAUUAUUACAUCUUGUCGCAUUGACAACAGAUACAUUACUCGUGUUGGACUAGAAGGUUUUCUAUAGACACCGAAUCAUUGUCUUAAUUGUAGUCGGGCCCGAGGCUGGGCUAACUUUAGCCUAGCAUUAGUCGUGCUAGCUUAGCGUGCUAGCUGUUAGUCUAGCUUACUUCGAAGCCAUCCGUUCUUUCAAUUUACUUAUUAACAAUAGCGGUGAAAACAAAAAGUGAAAACCAUGGCAGUUGUCAACGAAGUUGUUCUGAAGAAAAUGCUAAAGCAAUACAAGUACAGGGACCUGACAGUUCGUGAGAUAACCAAUGUCAUCAGCCAGUACAAGGACUUGAAGCCGUUGAUGGACGCUUAUGUGUUUAAUGAUGGCUCCACACGAGACCUAUUGAGCUUGACAGGAACUGUUCCAGUGAGCUACAGAGGAAACACCUACAACAUCCCAGUGUGUCUGUGGUUGCUGGACACAUAUCCCUACAACCCUCCCAUAUGUUUUGUCAAACCUACCAGUGCCAUGAUGAUCAAAACUGGCAAGCACAUCGACGCCAACGGCAAGAUCUACCUGCCUUAUCUACAUGAGUGGAAACAUCCUCAGUCGGACCUGUAUGGUCUGAUUCAGGUGAUGAUCGUGGUUUUUGGAGAGGAGCCUCCUGUGUUUUCUCGGCCCACAACACAAGCACCAUAUCAGCCGUUCCAAGCAGCUGGACCCCCUAACCCUUCCUAUAUGCCUGGCAUGCCUGCGGUCUCACCCUACAGCCCAAAUCCUAACCCGGGAGGCUACCCAGGAUACCAAUACCCAGGAGGCAACUCCUACCCAGCCACUGCUGGCCCUGCACACUACCCCAACCAGACCCCAGUUUCCACAGCGGGCCCGAGCAGAGAUGGCACCAUUGGCGAGGACACCAUUCGUGCAUCUCUGAUUUCUGCUGUGAGUGACAAGCUUCGCUGGAGAAUGAAGGAGGAGAUGGACAGAGCUCAGGCGGAGCUGGACGCCCUGAAGAGAACCGAGGAGGAUCUGAAGAAAGGACAUCAGAAACUGGAGGACAUGGUCUCGAGGCUGGACCAGGAAGUGUCCGAGGUUGACAGGAAUAUUGAGCUGCUGAAGAGAAAGGACGAGGAGCUGAGUGAGGCCUUGGAGAAGAUGGAGAACCAGUCGGAGAACAACGACAUUGACGACGUCAUCGUGCCCACCGCUCCGCUGUACAAACAGAUCCUGAACCUGUAUGCUGAGGAGAACGCGAUUGAAGACACUAUCUUCUACCUAGGAGAGGCCCUCCGCAGGGGCGUCAUAGACCUGGAGGUUUUUCUUAAGCAUGUACGCCUUCUGUCCAGGAAGCAGUUCCAGCUUCGUGCGCUCAUGCAGAAAGCCCGCAAGACUGCCGGCCUUAGUGACCUCUACUGACACACUCUGACAGCCAGGAAACAUUCAUAUCUUCAUGCUCCCUUACUCUCUCCUCUUCCUCCUCUCAUUAUUCCCUUUUAUGUCUUCUAGAAGCUGUCCUCUUUUUUUAUCUCUAUACAAUCUGUUCUUAUGAGACAGACUUCUGAACGGCAAACAUUUAAAAUGCAACAUUUAUGUAGAACUGGGCCGUCCCGUGUGGUCCAAACGUUCUCGUUGGAAAUAAUUUGUGUUUUUGAUCUGACCAAAUAAUGAUUUGAGAUCUUAAUGCAUUACCCGUCAUGACCCAUUUGCACCAACAAUGAGUAAAAGCACUGGGACAACAUUGUGACCCAGGUGCUCCGGUUGACACAGAAACAUGCCUAACACACAUGACAUACUGAGAGUGACGUGAGAGCCUAGUUUCCUCUGUAGUGUAUCUGUGUUGGUUACUGUGACAACCUGUACAUGAUGCACUGCAGGGAGCUGGUUCUGUUCGCACUCCCUUUGCCAGACAGUCAUUUGGCUAGUAAGCACAAAUUGUUAGGGGCGUGUAGAGAGGGGCUUUGUAAAAAGAACCUAUGUGUCCACUCUCCUCAUAAUGAAAAGGUUGGCCCGGGGUAUAAAUACCCGGGCCAACCUUUCAGGAAGGACAUGGGGCUCAGCCUCAGGAUUUAAUGCUGUUCAAGUCAUGUUCAGUAACCAUGGAGUCAAGAGAUCACUUUUCAUACAGUACAUACUGUCUUUUAAUUGGUUCAAUUUUGAGCUACUCUGCCACACUAUUAUUUGCAUUUCCUGUUCAGCCGUCAUCUGCUCAGGUCUACCCUCCAGUCUGACUGAAUUAACCAGUCAAUCUUGUACAGUAGUUGUUUCACUCUGGAUGACAGACUUGACAUGCUUUAUUGUAAUGUGUUACAAAGGAAAUUCUGUUUUUCUUUACUUUUCUAUGGUCUUUGUGCUUAUUCUCAGUCCUGCUGAGAGGUUUAAGUUUUCAGUAAACAUGGGAAAAAACGUUGUGAAUAAAGCUGGAGCAUUGGAGGGUACAAACAAAUCAAAACAAUAUAUUGUACUAAUCAAAAUGUUACUUAUGUAAAGUUUGCAAACAGGUAUCAUUUAAAUUAGCCUUUUACUAAAUGCACUUUGAAUUGUAUGAUAGAUUAUCUGCUGUUAUUGUUUUUCUUGUUUCCAAUUCAACCAUAGACCACCUGUUCUUUUAUAUCUGUAGAUUUAUGUAAAUCAGUAAAAAUAAAUGGAAUCUGGUGUAGAUCUCA